UCUCCAGGUGCGCUCCUUCGCUUGCUGCUCGCGGCGCCGGGCCCGCAGUCCCCGCGGUCAGCCGCCGCCAGUUCCUCAUCCUCCUCAAUCCCCAGUGCGGUGCGGCCAAGCCAAUCUCCUGGCUUCUCCUCCUUUCUUUUUUCUCUCCCUUCCCCCUCGGCAGCCGCUGUUGCUGCGGAGCUGGGCCGCCGGCCUGCAGGAUGAAGAACCCAAUGCUGGAGGCGCUGUCCCUACUGCUGGAGAAGCUGCUCGUCAUUUCCAACUUCAGGCUCUUCAAUUGGGCCGCCCCGGGCGAAGACGAGGCGGGGCACCGUUUCUAUGAGAUCAGCUCUUUCCUCCGCGGCGACGUGCUGGAGGUGCGCCGGGCCCACGUGACCCACUUUGGUAUCUACCUGGGCCACAACCGUGUCGCCCACAUGAUGCCUGACAUCCUGUUGGCCUUGACCAACGACAAGGGGCUCACGCAGAGGGUGGUCUCCAACAAGCGUCUGCUCCCGGGCGUCAUUUGCAGGGUGGCCAGCGUCCGCGUGGACACAGUGGAGGACUUCGCCUACGGAGCCGACAUCCUCGUCAAUCACCUGGACAAGGCCCUCAAGAAGAAGCCGCUGCUCAACGAAGAGGUGGCGCAGAGGGCAGAGAAGCUGCUGGGCUUGACUCCCUACAGCCUACUGUGGAACAACUGCGAACACUUCGUGACCUACUGCCGAUUCGACACCCCGAUCAGCUCCCAGGCCGACAGAUUUUGUGAGACUGUGAAGAUAAUUAUUCGUGAUCAGAGAAGUGUUCUUGCUUCAGCAGUGUUGGGAUUGGCAUCUAUAGUCUAUCUGGGCUUGGCGUCAUAUGCUACCCUUCCUGCAAUUUUUAUUCCAUUCUGCUUAUGGAUGGUUGGCUAACUUCAUACCCCCAUGUCAAUGUGUGUAUUCUGUGUGUAAAUAUGUUUAUAGAGCACAAACCAGUGUAAGCAUCAUCAAGAAGAAUGUGACCUGUAAUGCUGUGUUCCGGAUAAAAAUGUGAUUAAGAAUCACGCAAAGUGCUUACUGUGUAAGCCCAAGAACAAAGGCUUUCUGAAUCUUCUUAGGCAAUUCCGUUUGAAAGCACUGUGCAAAUCUUGGAAACAUGGCAAGUUGUGAUAGAAUUUAUCAUUACAAGAAAACCAGCCCCUGAGAUGAUGGCCACAGGAGACUAUUUGUGUUACUUUUUUCUCCUGUAAUCAUUGCUCUUCUCUGUUAGGCCUGAAUUUGAAAAUUGGAAGUCUUAUUGAAUGAGGUCACUAACUUUACUGUAAACUUAUCCUGUUUCAUUGAAAAAACUUAUAUUAAACUGAAAGAAUUUCCUUCAUUCAGAUGAAAACAUGUUUGAUGAUUGGCCCCCAAAAAUUCACAAUCUGUUUUUUUCAUGUAUUAUAUAUAAUUCCCAAUGAGUCAAGAAUACUUUCAUUACUUGAAACCAUAUUGGCAAAGUUAAGGUUUAAUGAUAAAGUAAUUGAACAGAACUAUAGAAAUUUGUGUUUUCCUGUAGAAAUAGCUACUAUAGCAUCAGUUGAACAAUUUGAUUUGGCUUUACUUAAUAGGAAGCCUGACAUUCAUUUUUUUUUCCUUUUAUGUGUCAUGUGGUUACUUUGAACCACUCUGAGAGGUAAAUGGAUAUAGGAUUGAAGUAAUUUGGGCACUUGGAGUGUGUAUGUGCCAAUUAAAUAUGCAGAUAUCCACAUACUCUCAAACUGAUGAGAGAAAAUUUAUUUGUUCUUGAUUGCUUUAUCCUACCAGUGAGGUCAUUAUAGAGCAUCUGUAGAGGUGAAUGUAAAAGCAAGUUUAAUCCAUAUUCUUAUGCCCUUGCAUUUGUGGUGUAACUGGCAUAUAUGUCAUUGGAUGGUUUGUCUUUUAAAGCACUUACUAAUGUACUAUGUAAUUUGUAAAAGCCCUCAGAUUUGUAUGCUAGUCAGGUUUCUCCAUUUCAUUACUAAGUAUAGCUUACAUGCUUAAGAAGGAUGCCAUAGCAGUAUAUAAAACCCACUCAAGUAGGACGAAAGGAAAUGACUGUUAGAAAUAAUUUUUAAGUGUCUUAGUACCGCCAGGCAUGUAAAUUGAUUAGACUCAGGCUGUUUUAAUAUCAGACUUGAGAUGUAGCCAUGUUAGAGCAAGCAUUCGAGUACUUUUCCAAAAUUACCAAAUUCUAAAAAUUAAGCCACAAGCUAGACUUGCAUUUCAAGUUAAAAUUGCUUUAUAAACUAUCAAGAAUCACAAAAUAAUGAGCCACAUAACAAAUGGUAUGGGGAGGGGAGGGUCAGUCACUUAGUGAUCCAAUCAGAACAAAUUUAAGAGCAGAUUUUAAUUAUAACUGAUGUUUCGUCACCACUAAUUUACCCAACAAAUUCAAUUGGAGUUUAAUAAUAAUUAAACUCUAUGUUUAAUCAUUUAAAUGUUUCAAAUAAUAAAAACAUGAAAUGGCCACACUACAGAAUAAAGGUGUUCUAUGGGCCUAUUCCAACCACUUAAAAUUAUUUUAAGUAUGUAUACAUAAAAGUAACCACUAUGAGAAAUCCAUUGUAUUAGUGGUUUUUCACUUACUAUAUAUCGCCCUUGUAGCAACUGUUUAAAUAAAGUCAUUUUUUAAAAAUAUGGUGUCCUCAUAAAUAAUUAACACCUUUUUCGCAGACUUUAGUAUUGCAGGUAGUAGAAACCUCUGUCUGAUGUUAAAUCUGUGUUCAAAGAUAAUGAUCCCUCAUUAAAUGCCCAGGGAAGUACUUAAGGUUGGAAUAAACAUAAUUAGUCUUGACUCACUUUGUAUCCUUAAAGUAAGAUUCAGUUCAUCAUUUGUUUGAGUGCUUAUUAUAUGCCAGGCACUGACCUGUUGUAAUUUCAUGGUCUAGAAUUAAUACUAUUUUUCAACUACAUUUAUUAGAAUGUAUACAGUGCUGUGAGAAUAGAGGGGAAGAAGAAAUUAAACCUUCCUGAAGGGUCAGAAAUCUAUCUGAAGGAGGCAAUGCUACCAUUAAGCUGAAUAGUAAGAGGUGAUCUUAUCACACUGAUGUGUUCCACUACUUAUGGGAAGAGGAAACUAGAAGGAAGGUUUUUUCAAUUAAAUGUUCCACAACACUAGAAUUUGUUGAACUUCUUAGGAAAAAAAGGAGAGUUUUUGUUUUGUUGUGCUCAGUUUGAUUAGUUGCUUAACAAGGUAGAAAAAGGAGCAUGUAUUCCUGAUUAUGGUUAUGGAAAAAAUCCUGAGCUAUUAAUGUAUCUCGAAUGAAUUUCUCUGGGCUUCAUUAGUUGAGAUUCAUCCUUGUAAUCCUUCAAGUCCCUUAUAUUUCUAAAUUUCUAUUCUAAUUUGUGAAAUGAUAGUGUCUGAUGCAGCUUUUUGUUGCUUAUUUUGUUUUUUGCCGUACUCAGAUGAAGGCCAAAUAGGAGUAGCUGGGGCUAAGAUGAAAUAAUGCAAGUGUCAGAUACUAUGCAUGUAUUAGGGAUGAAAAGAUGAGUGAGACAUGGAGCUCUUCCUCAAAGUUUAUGGCUUCAUAGACAUAGAAGUAUUAAGACUUCCUGCAAUAGAGCUGAUUGAAGGCACAGAAAAAGAAGUGAUUUUUUUUUUUUUUUUUGUGAGGAAGAUCAGCC